AGUUACGUUUAUACACAAACAUCGUGGCGAUCGAAAAACAAGUUUCUCGUCGAUGAAAAAAAAAAACCCAAUCACUAAAAUAUUGAAAAAAAAUGGCUAGAAGACGCGAUUCAUCCUCCAACGUCGAAAAGUUCAUGAAACCAAAGCUAAUAAACUGUAGUACUAGCAGUACGGAUCUAGAUCUAGAUCCAGAAGAAAAUGAAGGCCUCAGCAUAGCACUAGCAACACUAACAAUGCCAACAAACGACGGCGCCGGCAAACAAACAAGCAGAUCUCAAAAGAAAAAACACCAUCCUGUACAACACUUACUGAUCGAUAUAAGCCAGGUUAUAACCGGUUUGGAUAGGGAGCAACUCCUGAAAUUAAAAGAACUUAUUAGUGCAUGUCUGAAAGAGGAGGAGGCUGAAAAGGGAGAAUGCACAUAUAAAAAACCAAAAGUGUCGUUUGUGUCAAGAACAGCUGAAACUGAGGACUUAAGAUACGAAUCAGAUGAGGAUACCAACUCUGACAUUGAAAAGAUACACACGGAAAGACAAAAACAUCGAGAUCAACAUCCAAUGAAAUGUAAAAGACAGUCAGAGACAUCCAUGGUUAAAGAAAAUGAGGAGACAAUGAAAAUGAGACAGCGAAGUAAAUCAUCGGAAUCAGCUCUAAAAAAUACAUCGAUUUAUAGAGUAAACGCCUCCACCAGUUAUAACCAGCUCCUUGAGAACGGUGCGUACGAUGUCAGCCACGAAAGGUACACUCUAAAUGGCAUAAAAUGUGGGCAUGUCAUGAAAUGCCCCUCAUCUGGCGAUCAGCCAAAAAAAUAAAUGGGAAAAAACGUAUAAACCCCAAAACAAAAUCUACGAAGCAAAAAGCUCGACUACUGAUGGCAAAGAAAUUAACCAGCUGAGAAGACCUAUUUUAUUAUUAGGUUGCUGUUUAUCCGUCCCAUUACAUUUUUGUGUAUGAUAGCCAGGCCUUGGAGAAAUUCAUUCACCAUCUCACCCCCCCCCCCGCUUCCCGACACCACCCUACCACAUCCACCCAUCACCCCACCACUUUUGCACAUCACUCCACCCUAUCUACACAUCACUCCACUACAUGCACACUUGCACACAUCACUACAUCCACACCUCACCACAUCAACAUCCACACAUCACCUUUCAACAUCCACACAUCACCUCACCACAUCACUACAUCCACACAUCACCUCACCUCAUCCACCCUCCACCACACAUCAUUCACACAUCACCUACCCCACCACACCCACACAUCCCUCUACCACAUCAACACAACCCUCCAUCACACCCACACGUCACUUCUCCAAUUCCGCACACCAUUACAUGCAGAGGUUGUGCUUUUUCCAAAUCAAUAGGGGCCUACAGCUCUGACGGCACUUUUUCUUGUGUGAAGAUUGUGACUUGGUGAUAACAUUCAAUGAGGAUUCGCUAUAGAGUUCGUUUCGGUCAAAUUCAUUGAUAUGGUUGAGUUAGGUAGUGAAUUCCGCCUUAAGAUCCCUGAUCACACGAAAAUCUGGGAUAAUCUCAAAGUUCAAAGCCUCGCUCUGAAAGUCUCUAGUGGAGUCGAUCCUGGGACGGUGUGUCUUCACUGCAGGCUUGUCCCCAGUGAAUGUGUCAAGUCUUUUAUAAUGACAAGAACAGUGCUUGAGAUCGCAGAACAGUUCGCCAUCUUGUGUUGAUACCCUGUCUCUCAGAUGAUAUGUAAUAUUCGCUCAGUCGCUGAAAAUAAAACGAAAAUCAUAGAAAUU